AACCGCCGGUAUCGUGGGCGGAGAAACGCGUAGAGGCUUACUUUCACUCCUGUCCACUGCUGGAGAUCUUCAUAGACUUUCCGUCUCUGAGACUGGGGAUCCCUGGACGUUCUCUUAUCACCCAACUGGAAUAAUUCUCUGCCAAAUAAACCCCCGCUGUGCUUGAAAAGGCCCCGUUCUGCCGAGGUAUCACGCUGUCUGCAUGACUCUCCUUUUUGGACAUCCUGACACAGCCACCGUUAGAUGAUGAGAGCUACCUCCGCUGAUUGCUAUCGACGGGAACCAGCGCUUAUAAUAACGGAAAAUCUAACAAUUGGGAACACAAGAACUCAACUUUCAUUAGUUUUCUGAGAGACUAUGUCGGGACCAGCAGCAGCCAAUGGUAGACCAGGAGUUGGAGUCGGUGUUGUGAUCACAAGCUCCUCUCAUCCGGGCUGUGUUCUUCUGGGCAGAAGGAAAGCAAAAGGAUCGCCUGGGACUGGCAUGUAUCAACUUCCAGGGGGACAUCUGGAGUUUGGUGAGAGCUGGGAGACCUGUGCAGAACGGGAAACUCUGGAAGAAGCAGGAAUUCACCUCACAAAUGUCCGCUUUGCUUCUGUCGUGAAUUCAAUCAGUAUCGAACAUAAUUACCAUUAUGUUACAAUUCUAAUGAAAGGGGAGGUAGAUGUGAAGUACCCGUCAGAACCAACAAACCUAGAGCCAGAAAGAAAUGAAGGCUGGAAUUGGGUUAAGUGGGAAGAGUUUCCUCCAAAAGACCAGCUGUUCUGGGCCUUGUGCUGUUUAAGACAGCAAGGGUACAAUCCCUUCACUGAAGAUUUUAAUCAUCUACUCCCCAUACAGAGAUGAACCCAUUCAGCGUCACUUAUUCCUAUGUAUAUUGCAAUAUUUUAUAAUUUGUCAUACCCGUCACCCUCUCUGCUUAACUUUCUUAUUCAUAUCCAAAUCCCAGGAGCCAGGUAGUCCAUGUGACUAAUAAUGCACCUGUAUUCUGGGAAUCAUUUCAUUUGAUGCCAAUGGAUACGUGUGUUCCAACGAUACUUUAAGUAUCUUGUUAACUUCUGUAGUUACCUGAAUGACCCCUUAAUUGUGGCUGAUUCUGUUCUCCUCUACUGUGAAAUGGAGUUGGGUAUAUAUAUAUAUAUAUAUAUAUAUAUAUAUAUAUAUAUCUAUCAGCAUCUGUAACAUACGGUGGAGCUGCUACAUUUUUUGGCCUAGUUGUACAAUAGGUGUUUCAUGCACUCACAUGCUAAUUGUAGUAGUUUGACCAGAUGACUAAAUGGCCACACUGGAGUUAGACAGGUUUGCAUAGUUUGGUCAUGAGUGACAGCAUCACAAGACACCCCAUAACUUUUUUAAGUUAAUUUAUGAUAAGCCUAAGCAUAGGUGGCUGUUGUUGUUUCGUCUGACUGGCAGGUUGCAUAUUUACCUCUCCAGCUGAUGGCAUGUCAGUCAUUAGAGUUGCUGCUGUAUUAUAUGACAUAACAGAUGCCUGCUCAUAUUACUUUAUUGAAAUGCAUUUUUUAAAUGAGUCCCUUAGUAUACAUAUCCUCAGGUAUGGUAUAGUAACAGUUUGCUGACUGUUGUAUGUAGAUAACAUUACUGUAUUUUUUUACUUUUGUAAACCAUAAAAAAUAAUAAAGCUAAGGGGCAUUUUCUGAAAUUCA